AUGAGAGAAUUUGUGAAGAGAAGUAGAAAGCGAGACGGUUCUGCAAGAAGUUAUAUUUACGAAGCAAGUAUGAUAUUAGAAGGUCGUGGAAAGAAAGAAACAGUGAAUUAUGAGGAAGUGCUUGAAAAAUUCAUGGAGUACAUGGGAAGCAAUAUAACAUACAACAAAGACAUAUACAGUGAGUUUAAGUACUACUGUGAACAGCAUGAGAUUGAAGUAAUGAGUAAAGGAGACUUUGAAACGCUUAUGAAAGACAGUAAGGAGGUCGUUCAUGAGAACAGUGUUGAAAUAGUUCAUGAGAACAGUGAGGAGGUCAUACAUGAAUGCAAUGAUGAAAUAGUUCAUGAGAACAGUAAGGAGGUCAUACAUGAGAACAGUGAUGAAAUAGUUCAUGAGAACAGUAAGGAGGUCAUACAUGAGAACAGUGAUGAAAUAGUUCAUGAGAACAGUAAGGAGGUCGUUCAUGAGAACAGUGAGGAGGUCGUUCAUGAGAACAGUGAUGAAAUAGUUCACGAUGUCGUUCGUGAAGAAGCCAUUGCAACAAAGAAUGUUAUAAAGGAUUUCAUAGAACUUAACAAGGAGGAGUUUAAAGAAGGCUAUGAAGUGAAAAGAUGUGAAGAAGAUUUCUUGGCGUAUUUGAAGAAAAAGAGACUAAAGCCAAUGGCUCAAAAUAAGUUUCAAUCGAUGUUUGAAAAGAAACGUUUGAGCUAUGGUGGUGUAAGAAGCACAUAUUACUUUGUUAAGAAGUGA